AUGGGACCGGAUGAAAAUGGAGAUCCGACCCAAACUGGUCAUUUUUCGGUAAAACAGGUGCGUAUGGAUAUCGAAAAAUUUGAAGCAGAGGAUGGCAUCACGAACAUCGCCUAUGGCUGGAACAAUUGGGCUACUCCGAAAGCGAACUAUCUUUUAUGGAGAGCAAUUAUCGGUAAGGUCGCUUCGAAACCGGGUCUAGUUCGCAGGGGUGUCCCUUUGCCGGAUACUCUUUGUCCUCGAUGCGGCUUGGUGGAUGAGGAUACUGAUCAUAUUUUCGUUAACUGCUUGUGGUCGAAAUGCAUUUGGUGGAGUAUUAUGUCUUGGGUUAGAAUUGGGUUUCCAGCGGAUAUAUCUAAUCUUUACGGCCUUAUCUCUUACAUUAAGGAUAACCUGAGUGGAAGAAUUUGGAGAAGGGUGGUUUACACGAUAGCCAUCGCAACCGUCUGGUGGAUUUGGAACGACAGAAACAAGAAAGCUUUCGAUGACGUAUUUGUUCCGGUUACCUCGUCAGUAAAUCAGAUAAAAGUGGAUGCGUUUCUUUGGGUUUGUAACCGGUCAAACCUCAAAGAGCCGAAGUGGAAAAAUUGGAAAGUCUUUGAUAUUCUUGAAUUAAUGUAA